CAAUCAUUUUUAAACUGCAUCAAGAAAUGGAGGCUGAAAACAGUUACUGUUCACUGAGAAAGCCAACAGAAGACGUCUACACGACCACAGUGCAACUCCAGGACAGAGGAGCAUCUGGAGGGCCAACAGGAGCACCAACGCCUGAUUCAAGCAGAAGAAAGAAAGCCUGCCUGUUGAAGAUUCUGUUGUUCCUGUGUGGCUCACUACUGGCCACCACCGUCUUAUUGGCUGUUUACUAUUGCACUGCCAGCACUGCCAGCAUCCUGUCAGAGAAACACAAGGCUCUGCAGAUGAACCUUACCUGCCAUCAGUCUUGUUGUUCCAAACUGAAUUCAAAUCUCAACAGCCUGCAGUCCAAAUGUUCAGCACUGGAACAAGAGAAUGCUGAGCUUUCUGCAGUAAUUGAAAAGCUGAAGAAACGAUGUCCAAUAACAAAUCCAUCUUCUCAAAGCAGGACUUGUUAUGUCUGUUCACAGAACUGGACGUUGUUCAACUCAAAGUGUUACUUCUUCUCCAGUAAAAAGCUAAACUGGAUAGAAGGCCUUGAUGGCUGCAGACAAUAUGGUGCACACCUGGUAAUCAUAGAGAGUGAGGAGGAGCAGACAUUUUUAUUAAAUGAGGCGAGCAAAAAAGGUUCCGGCUACUGGAUUGGUCUGAAUGACAUGGCUACUGAAGGUCAAUUUGUCUGGGUGGACAACAAACGUCUGGACCCAAGCAAAAGCUUCUGGGGUAUGAAUUGGGGUGGAUCGAUGGAGCCAGAUAACUGGAAAAAUUUAGAGGACUGUGUGCAUAUACAGAAAACCAUUAUUUAUAGUGGCUGGUAUGAUGUCCCCUGUUAAGAGACAAAAAACGCAAUCUGUGAAAGAGCAGCAGAUGUAAUUCCACUAUGACUUUUAAGUGAUAAAUCAGACAGAAUCUACAGCAUCAUUGGGAAAUUCUGGAUUGACUGUAAAGGAGACCACUCACUCAGAGACGCUGAUUUAUUUUGCAGUGACAGAUCACUGAGAAAUUUUAAAAAGUGCAUUUGCUGUCAUUGUGACCUGGUCACAUAGUCACGUUCAACUUAUUUCUUUGAGUCUUUUGAAUGACACUUUUAAAAUACUUGAUAGUUAAGCCAUAUGUGAAGAAAAAUACUUGUUGAAAGGUAAAAUUCACAUUAAACAAUAUUUCACAGUACUUUGUAAUGCAAUGUAUGGUUGUAGAAGACAAAAAAUGUUAGUGGAGGUCAGAAAAACAUGGACAUAUGGACAUAUGAGCAUGCAGAAAAUGACCAAAAGAUUGAAUAAGCAAAGAAACGGGC